GUGAUAUAAGAGUGGCAGUAAACAUUAUUAAAGAUAGUAGACAGCUGAUUCUUGACCAUUCAGUACUCAUUUAACGCACACUCUCUCGCCGAUCUAGAGCUGCAAAUUAGGUUUACGAAAUGCUAACCAUCCUGAUUGGAUUGUUGAUACCCUUGUGGCUGUUCUACAAAUACUAUGUGUCCGUUUACAACUUUUGGGAGUCACGGGGAAUCGCUUCGGAGCCAGGGAGGUUCCCCUUUGGCAACAAGUUACAAUUAGUGACCAUGAAUAAAUCUCAGGCACUGGUCAUAGAUAAGAUGUACAAAAAGUUCGAAUCGCAGCCAUAUUUUGGAUUUUAUGUCUUGAGAUCGGCACUCCUCGUUGUCAAGGACCCCGAAAUCAUCAGGCUCAUUAUGGCUAAAGAUUUUUCACAUUUCCGGGAUCGUUUUCCAGCUAGAGUUUUCACUUCUAAAGAGGAUAAACUUCAGCAUCAUCUUUUCAAUCUGGGCGGAGAGAAAUGGAGAGCAUUGAGGAUAAAACUGACCCCUACAUUUACGAGUGGGAAACUGAAAGGGAUGUUUCCGCUUUUUAUCGCCUGUGCCGAGGAUCUCAGCAAAAUGCUGAUCAGUCAAAUAGAUAAGCCCGUGAAUGUAAAAGAUAUUACAGCAUGUUACACAACUGAUACAGUGUGUAAUUGUGUCUUCGGCUGGGAAAACAACAGCAUUAAUGAGAAAGAGAACAAAAUGAGAAAACUUGGACAAACUGUCUUGGAAAUAUCUAAAACGAUGCUGUUGAAGAGAAUGUUGCGGAAUAUAUUCCCUGGUAUAGCUAAACUCUUGAAAUUGAGGAUAGUAAGUAAUGAAAUCGAAGACUCGUUAAUAAAGAUGGUUGGAGAUACUAUUGCAUAUAGAGAGGCGAAUGGUAUCAAACGGAAUGACUUUUUAGACUUGUUAAUUCAAUUAAAAAAUAAAGGAUCAGUUGAGGAUGAUGUGAAAAAGAAUGGAAACGAUACCACUGCUGAACCAGUGGAAAUGGAUCUCGGUAUGCUGACAGCACAAUGCUUUGUAUUUUUUGUAGCGGGAUUUGAAACUUCUAGUUCUGUACAAAGCUAUUGUCUGUAUGAGUUAGCCCUGAACCCAGAAAUUCAGAAAAAAUUGAGGGAAGAAAUCAACGCUACUAUAAACAAACAUGGUGGUAUUACCUAUCAAGCAAUUCAGGAAAUGGAAUACCUUGACAUGGUUGUUUCAGAGACAAUGAGAAUGUAUCCGACACUUCCAGCUUUGAACAGACAUUGCACAAAAGAUUAUACGACGCCAUCAGGCCAGAAAAUAAAGAAAGGAGACGAUAUCAUAAUCCCUCUUUAUUCACUUCAACGCGAUGAGAAAUAUUUUCCUGAACCGAAAAAGUUUGAUCCUGAAAGAUUUUCAAAAACGAAUAAGUAUAAAAUAAAUCCAUUCACAUACAUGCCGUUUGGUGAGGGACCACGUAAUUGUAUUGGUUCUCGGUUUGGACUCAUACAAACAAAAGUAGGAUUAAUAACGAUAUUGAAAAAUUAUGAAGUAUGUAAGACUGAAGAAACGCAAGUUCCACUUGAGUUUAGAGGUUCUGGUGUUAUAGCUAUGACCAAAGGUCCAAUCACACUAAAGCUGUCACCAAAACCUUCUGGUUACUGAUUUACUUAUUAAAUAUUUCUAGACUGUUAAAAUUCCUAAAUUUUAUUUUUAUGAAGAGCAGUGACUUAUUAUUUAAAAAUACCUACUGUGAAUAAAGUUGUAAGAUAUUUGUUAGGUUGUACAACCAGGUUUUAUUAUUAACUUAAAUUUUUUUGUAAAUAACAAUAAAAAUAAAAUCAUCAAUUUUCACUUUCUAUCUUCUUUAUAACUUUCUAUUUCAAGUUAAUCAUUCCAUUAUACAGUUUCGAAAUUUAGAACUGCCUAUUUAUUUUAAGACACCCAAUAAAUAUUUUAAAAUUGACACUGCUGGAAGGUUUAGAAUUUUAUCCAUGGUUUUUAUACAACAAUGGUGCCUACAUUGUAUAAAAAGGUGAAACUCAUUAAUAAUGAUGGCUAUUUAAAUGAUAUGAGCUUAAUUUUAAUGAUGUUAAAAAAUAAUUUAAUAUGUGGAAGCUAUUGAAGUACCUCCAAAUUCUAGUAUGUUGGGGAAUACAGGUCGAAUAUAAGUUGAAGGAUGCUAGAUCAGUAUGUGAGUCGAAUGGCGGUGUUAUCAGUAAAUGAUGUCAACUAUAUCGGUAUGGACAAGGAUAUCAGUGUAAAGAGGAUAUGAAGGACGGGGCCCAAAACGCUACCACGAGGAACACUAGCCUCAACUAGUUAGCAAUUGGAAAAUUCUGUAUUUCAGCGAACUUGAAAAGUGCGAUCAGAGUGGUAGUAGCGGAGACAGAUGGCUUUAAAAGAACAAAGUGAGUGGUUUGUAGGACGCUAUUGUAUAUGCAAUUGUGGAUUAUGACAGCUUCAGGAGGAAGUUUUCGAAGGAUCUGAGAGGUAAGCAGCUCGUAUCCAGGAGAUUUUCUGGGGGAGAGAGGGAAGUAGGUUUCGAAAAUGAUGUUUGACCUCAGAAGGAUUAACUAUAGACUGGGAUGGGUGAAAUAAGAAAUUCUUCUACUGUUAUGGUGUGGUGGGUUUGGAUUCAGGACGAGAGGUGAAUGUAAAGAAAAGGUGUUUGGCAAAUUCAAGGGAAGAAUGUGAAAUAUGAUGGGAUUAUAGGAUUUUUUUAGUGGUCUUUCAUAGGGAAUUGUCUUGAGCAGAGACGGACGUAAGUUAGGAAUUGAAGGAUUUGGAUCUGGAGGAAGCCAAUCCCUGCAUUAAUAUUUUACAGUAAUAAUUAUAGGAGUGGUGGUCGGUGGGGUGUAUGGUAUCGGCAAUAAUAGUCUGGCUCGGCGUUCGGUGUGGAUUACGUUCAUGAGGUGUUAAAGUAAAUUAUUUUUCUUAGUUUCUUUAAGGGUAAUUCUAGUGGUGGUAAAGGGACGUACGCCAUUGUCAAGGUCAUCUGUGGUUUCACGGUUAUUGUGAGUUCAAUUUUAUUGGAAAGGAUUUCAUGAAAGAGUUUCCUGUUAACUGGGACUCUGACGAAGGACUGUAAUGUAGAGAGGAUGUAGGAAUAUGACCUAGAGCACUGGCAAAUAAGAAAUACCAAAUUUCUGGGUUGUGGUCUUAAGACAAGCGAAGACAUGGCAUCCAUAUGCCUAGUGGACCUUAGUCACUUUUAAUUUCACCUGCUAAAAUGGGAACCAAUCUCAUUAAAAAAAACAUAAAACUCUAACCAUUCCUUGUGUGAUGAAGAUGAAACCUCAAGGUAACCCACACAUUCUCUGUUGACAUAAAACAGAGUAUGAUUUCUUACUGAAUACUAUUAAUGAUAUGAGAGAAAAUACCAGCUGUGCCAUUAAAAAAUACAACCAAAUUAAGACUGGUUGUAAUGAAAUCUUCUGAUGCAUGCAUUAACGUCAUAUUGACUAAAAGGAUUAAAAAAGAUAAAUCAAGAAUUAUUCAUAUUCUAUUUGUACUAUACUUACUUACCCGCCAACACACUUUUAAACAGCAUAAAUAUAGGACGAUUGUUACAUAAAUAAAGUGAUGCUUUAAUUUUCUACAGAAGGCCUGUUACAAUUAUUAUUUUUCUAUUCACAAGUUUAUAUUUAUCCAUUUGCAUACCUUAUUAUAAUAAAAACCAAUUUCACUAAUCUGUCUAAAUUUUUAUUUAUUAUGACAUACUUAUAUCCAUCCCAUAAGGUAAUGUUAAAUAAACCAGUUAUUUAUUGUCAUUUAUGGUCAAAAUUGACAUGCCUAUUAUGAGACGACUAAAAAGGUGCUGCAUGAGAGAUCUUCCUUUCCUGAAUCAAAGAAGUAAAAAAAGACCCAGAAGAGAUACUGCUGCGUACUAUCCUUCCUCAUGCAUAUAAUGCCAUUUUCUCCAAAUUCACAACACAUCUGCUCAUUGUCAAACUAAUGAUAGGUGCGGAUUUAAGUUUGAUGAGAAAAAAAAAAUAUGGUCUACUAAAUAAUUUAAGUAUUCCUUUUUACAGUUUCAUUAUUAAUUUAUUAUCAUCAUCAUUUAAUGUAAUUAAAUCAAGAAUCAUCUUAGUGUAAUUAAAACUGUACAAUGUAAACAAUAUUUUACUCAUACCCACUUUCCUAUGUUUAAUCUAUGCUUAAAAACAAGAAAAAUUUUUUUUAAAAUUCAAAUCUCCAUUAUUGCUAUUACCUGAUACCACAGAGAAUAGAAUGUACAUACUUUAUGCCUAAUACCUAUGCAAAGUGACAUCACUAUCAUGGAGUAAUUUUCUUCUAUCAUGGAUAAUUUGAGCCUUGAAACAUGACAAAAUUCAGAAUCAGGAAGUUUAUGAAAAACUUUAUAUAUCCCAUUAUUUUUAAGCUUGAUAACAGGCUUAUCAAGCUAUAAUCAAAUAACUUUCUGCUUUUUGCCAAUCUUGCAAUUUAACAUUUUAGAGGAG